CUUUGGAUGAAAGGAAUAGUGUCCUGAGGCAGCUGAAGAGAGCCAUCACCAUGAUCCCCGCACUGUUCUUCCUAGGCCUUACGGCCCUUAUUGCUCCAACCAUGAGUAGCAGUUGCUAUGGCGAUAUAAGCACUCUUCAAGUCCCCACAAUCUCCUGUACACCUGUAAGAGCCCCAGACUGUGGAUACACCAUAGUGCGGAGAACUGCUGAGGCAGACAUUGUACGCCUGCGCAAGUAUGAGAUCCCAAUUAAGAGAGUAGCCAGGAGGUUGUGCUUGGAACCAGCACUCAUUGCUGGCAUCAUCUCGCAGGAGAGCCGUGCCGGCCUGCUCCUGGACAAUGGCUGGGACCAGGAACGGCACAGGUACGGCUUGAUGCAGAUUGGUGGGCAGCAACAACGCCUUUAUGGAUUGUGGGAUAGUGAAGAACACAUAAAUCAGGGCUCCACUGUACUGGUUCUUGCAAUUAAUGAUGUGAGGGCAAGACAUCCUACCUGGACCUGGGACCGGCAGCUGAGAGGGGGAAUCUGCACCUACCAUGCACGAAUGGGCAACCUCCAGGUCUAUGAUGAAGACCCUUGUGACAGAGACAACUAUUAUGUCAACAGUGUCAUUAGGCGAGCCCAGUACUUUAAGAGACAUGGGUUUUAGCUCAUAAACCUGUCCCGCUACCCAUCCUUUCCCCUGCAUAGACUAGCCCAGUAGUGAUCAUAGUACCCAGUGCACUUCUCAGGUCUCCUGGCAGGACCGAUGCCGGUGGCAACAGCACCUUGCUCACUCAAGAAAACCUCAGCUACCCUCUCACCAAUGAGUGAGCUCAGCACUGCCUUCUAAGGGAUACACAAGAACACGAUACCACAGGCUUCAGGGCCCAUAGAAGGUAAAUAAGGACAGUCCAGCAACGUUUAAGUGUCUGAUGAGGAAGAUGACUCUUCCUGUUCAAAGCUGAACCUGGGGCUGCUCAUUCAUCCCCCAGGAGAAGGUAUGCAAGCAGGUCUCCCUUGGCAUAGGCUGUUCUCUUCCCACCUCCUCCGUCCAUCUUCUUUCCUCUCCCUGGCCAAUGAGGCAAUGAAAGUCCCAAGUUAAAUUCUUCCCCCCUGCCCGAUUGUGUUGGCUACAGAACAAAGAGACUUCUUGACAAGGCUUUGAUCUCUGCACCAGCUGUGUACUCCUGUGGAAAGCCUUGUGGGGGACAACACUAAACAAACUCUGAAGCCCACGGCCAUGGUGGUGCUGCAUACGUCUCCAGGGUGCAAGCAGCCUCACACAAGGAAGGUACUGUAUGCCAGUGCAAAACGCCUUUCCAUUAGGGGGCGCCCUUGAGUAGGAGCUGGCCCCAUAUAUACCCACCUCAGGAGCUCUAUCACAACUGCAGUGCUGAUAAAGAAACAAUCCACAGGCUUUCCUGGUUUAUAUUUGGCACCUUCAGGCUGGAUUUUCUCCAAGUGUAAAAGCACUUCAGCAUCUGUCCAUUUGCCAGGAAUCCCAUCUUCCAAUUAGAAGUGAAUUCGCUCUGGGUUUAUAAGCUCUGUUUAAAAGCGUCCUUCAGUGUGGAUAGGUCUGGCUGCAAAUUUGGGUUUAUUGAGAACAAGAAAGAAAAUAAAGAUAAAUGCUGAAUCUCACUGUUUUUUCCUUUUUUUCCUCCCAUUUUCAUGGGGCCCAUUUUGGAGCUGUCAGGGCACUCUUCCUCUGGCUGUCAGCAUUGCUGAUGAAGAAGCAACGUGCCGAGCAGCACAGGGCUGCGCUGCAUGCCUGGGCUACCAGGGCAGAGUCAAUA